UCGAAGAGCGCGCCUCGUUCCUAUGGCAACCGCGCCAGGUCCAUGCGCAGACGGCGGGUGACAAGGGUCAAAACAGACUCGCAAAAUAGACGCCUUGGACCGGUUCAGUCCGCGCCCUCGGUGCGCCGGGCCUUUAAGCGUCACGUGACUACCCUCCAACUCGUCGCCCCUCUUUCCCUCCCCAGGUCCCGGCAAGCGCUGGUUUGGACCGGAGGUUCCCGGCCCGGCGGACUAACUGGAGCGUGGACGCUGCAGCCGGUUAGGCUGGUGCCCUUUUCCGCUCUGGGAAGGAAGAGAAAUGGAAGUGAAAAAAUUGAGCAUUUCCUGGCAUUUCUUGAUAGUUCUGGUUCUGAUCCUGCAAAUUCUGUCUGCGUUGGAUUUUGACCCAUACAGAGUCCUAGGGGUCAGCCGAACAGCCAGUCAGGCUGAUAUUAAAAAGGCUUAUAAGAAGCUCGCCCGGGAAUGGCAUCCUGACAAAAACAAAGACCCUGGGGCAGAAGACAAGUUCAUUCAAAUCAGCAAGGCUUAUGAGAUUCUUUCCAAUGAAGAAAAAAGAUCACAUUAUGACCACUAUGGUGAUGCCGGCGAGAACCAGGGCUACCAGAAGCAGCAGCAGCAGCGGGAGUAUCACUUCCGCCAUUUCCAUGAGAAUUUUUAUUUCGAUGAGUCUUUUUUCCACUUCCCUUUUAAUUCUGAACGGCGGGACUCGAUUGAUGAAAAGUACUUACUGCACUUUUCACACUAUGUGAAUGAGGUCGUCCCAGAUAGCUUCAAGAAACCCUACCUCAUUAAGAUCACCUCGGACUGGUGCUUCAGCUGCAUCCAUAUUGAGCCUGUUUGGAAAGAAGUCGUUCAAGAGCUGGAAGGAUUGGGCGUAGGAAUCGGUGUGGUCCAUGCCGGGUACGAGAGGCGCCUGGCCCAUCACCUGGGAGCACACAGCACACCCUCUAUCCUAGGAAUCAUAAACGGGAAGAUCUCCUUCUUCCAUAACGCAGUGGUCCGUGAGAACCUACGGCAGUUUGUAGAGAGUCUUCUUCCUGGGAACUUGGUGGAGAAAGUUACAAAUAAAAACUAUGUCCGAUUCCUCUCUGGCUGGCAGCAGGAGAAUAAACCACAUGUCCUUCUGUUUGACCAAAUGCCCGCUGUCCCGCUGCUAUACAAGUUGACUGCUUUUGCCUACAAAGACUACUUGUCAUUCGGCUAUGUGUACGUCGGCUUGAGGGGGGCGGAAGAGAUGGCGCGGCAGUACAAUGUCAAUGUCUACACCCCCACCAUCCUGAUCUUUAAAGAACACAUACACAAGCCUGCAGAUGUUAUCCAGGCCCGAGGUGUGAAGAAACAGGUCAUUGACGACUUUAUCUCCCAAAACAAGUAUCUGUUGGCAGCCAGGCUCACCAGCCAGAAGGUGUUCCACGAACUCUGCCCUGUGAAGCGGUCUCACCGGCAGAGGAAGUACUGUGUGGUUUUACUGACCGCCGAGGCUACCAAGCUGAGUCAGCCCUUCGAGGCCUUCCUGUCCUUUGCCCUCGCAAACACGCAGGACACAGUGAGGUUUGUGCACGUCUACAGCAAUCGGCAGCAGGAGUUUGCCGACACCCUGCUACCAGACAGCGACGCGUUUCGAGGAAAAUCAGCGGUGUCUAUUUUAGAAAGGCGCAACACAGCAGGGAGGGUAGUAUAUAAAACCCUGGAGGAUCCAUGGACCGGGAGCGAGAGUGAUAAGUUCAUCCUUUUGGGUUAUCUUGACCAGCUGCGCAAAGACCCAGCUCUUCUGUCUUCGGAAGCUGUGCUCCCCGACCUGACCGAUGAACUUGCCCCCAUUUUUCUCCUUCGGUGGCUCUACUCUGCUUCUGACUACAUCUCAGACUGCUGGGACAGCAUCUUCCACAACAACUGGCGGGAAAUGAUGCCCCUUCUGUCCCUGGUCUUCUCCGCGCUCUUCAUCCUCUUUGGCACCGUCAUCAUCCAGGCCUUCAGUGACUCGAACGAUGAGCGAGAGUCAAACCCUCCAGAUAAAGAGGAAGCCCACGCUAAGACAGGGAAGACGGAGCCCAGCUUCACCAAGGAACCCAGCAGCAAGAUUCCUAAAAAAGGCUUUGUGGAGGUAACAGAGCUCACGGACGUCACGUACACCAGCAACUUGGUGCGCCUGCGGCCGGGCCACAUGAACGUGGUCCUCAUCCUGUCCAGCUCCACCAAGACCAGCCUGCUGCAGAAAUUCGCCUUGGAGGUCUACACGUUCACUGGGAGCAGCUGCCUACACUUUUCCUUCCUGAGUCUAGACAAACACAGAGAAUGGCUAGAGUACUUAUUAGAAUUUGCUCAAGACGCGGCCCCGAUCCCAAACCAGUACGACAAGCAUUUCAUGGAACGUGACUACACUGGCUACGUGCUGGCUCUGAAUGGCCACAAGAAAUACUUCUGCCUCUUCAAGCCCCAAAAGACAGUCGAAGAGGAGGAGGCCAUGGGGUCGUGCAGCGACCUUGACGCCUCCCUCCAUCUGGGUGAAUCUCGAGGGAAAUCUUCCAGUGGCCUUGGAUCCAAGCCCAUCAAAGGAAAACUGAGCAAAUUGUCCUUAUGGAUGGAACGGCUGCUGGAAGGCUCCUUACAGAGGUUUUAUAUCCCAUCGUGGCCUGACCUAGACUGAGAGGACCUCGCAGAGAGACUCGAACUCUUCCAACUUUUUAAACAGGCCUCUGUGAACAGGUAUUUGCAGGACUCAAACGAUCACAACUGACAGAGUAUAGAUUUUAGAUUAUUCUUCCAGAACAAUGGCUAGAAGAAUCUCUCCUUUGUCCUCUUCUGACCGAGGAGUGAAAACACCCCUCGUUGAAUUCCCUAGAUCAAAAUAUCUUCCUUUGGGUUUUUCUUUCCCCA